AUGAAGCUCAACCUGGCUACUAUUCUUGCCACUACCCUGGCCGUCACUGUGACUGCUGCUCCUGCUAAUGAGGCAGUAACACUCACCACCCGGGAUAAGGUGGACCACAUUGGUGGUACCCAUGCCAACUUUAUCAAACUCUGGAAAGAAGAUGCCAUGAAUCGCUGGCGUUGGCAAUACGCUGGCAAAUGUGAUGACUACAAAAAUGCACUCAAAACCAAUUAUGGUAGCACCAAUAACUUUCGGUGUCUUGAAAAGGAUGGUAAAAAAUACUUUGACACUAAUAUGGUUGUGGGAGUCGCUGGUGAUCCCUACCUCACGCGCCUGGUUAUCCCUCCUCUCCAAAACGGCAAACACACCCAUACUAUAAUUUUCCUCCACGGCCGCGGCAGUAAUAGCGAACACUUCGGUUCAGUAUUUCUUGAAUCCACAGACAUCGCGCGGCGUCUCCCAACAGUCAAGUUUAUUUUCCCCACCGCCAAGAAACGGCGCGCGACGGUACUUAAACGGACUCCGAUACAUCAAUGGUUCGAUAACUACAGUCUUGAGGACCCAAAUGUUCGAAUCGAGCUACAGGUUGACGGGCUAGAGGAGACUAGCCGGUUCCUGAGAACAUUGAUUGACGACGAAGCACAGUUGCUUGGAGAGUCAGAUGACCCCACUCUUAGCAAUGGCUACAGCCGCAUUGUGAUCGGUGGACUGAGCCAAGGUUGUGCGGCGUCUGUGAUCUGCCUUCUGGGAGGGUUUCCAGGGCAGGACAGCGGGCAGCACAAACAACUUGGCGGGUUUGUGGGGAUGAGCGGGUGGUUGCCCUUGGACAGGGAUAUUACUGGGCUUUUGGGGCUGGACAAUGAGAAUGAAGGCAAGAAUGAAGAUGAGGACCCUUUCUCACGCGAUGAUGAGAAAGACGAGGACACCCCUGCUCCCGUCCAGGCGCUGAAUCACGUGCGGGAUAUCCUCGACCUACCAUCCUUACGACACGAAGUAGAAAAUGGCUUUGAAGGCGCAGUCCAAAAGGGAGAUCAAGAAUCUUGUGGACCUCCAAAGCCCCAUUUACAAACGCCAGUAUUUCUCGGCCAUGGGUCUGCAGAUCCCAAGGUGUCGGUUGACCUCGGGGAGCGAAUGACGUCUGUCUUAUCCAAUGGGUUUGGCAUGGAUGUGACGUGGAAGGCGUAUGAGGAUUUUGGACACUGGUAUAAGAUACCCGAUGAAAUUGAUGAUAUGGUGGAUUUCUUGGAGGAGAAGGUUGGGGUUCCGUCUGUUGGUUAA